UCAGAUGCUGGUCGGAGUUAAACUCCUCCCUUGUGCUGAGUAGACGAUGUGCACCGGAAGCGGCACUCGCAACACCGAGGAGAUAUUUUCCAACAACGGGACAACGGGAUGGAGCUGGAAGCUAUGGAGAUUUGAAGAUAGGGACGAUUUGAUCCCUCCAACCACAGAGCCAGUUGAGAAGGUACGGAACAGCGGGCACAGAGUGGAGCCCGUGUCAGGAUGCUGUCCACUGUUCCGGCAGAUCUGAGAGGGGGUCAGCAGAUGCCCCUGCCGGGGGCAGCUAGCCACUGCUCCCUCCCGCUCCUCUACCAGGAGCGGCCCCCGAAGGGCUCCCCGCCCUGCCGGGACCAAUGGAAGCCAGCGGCGGGGCUGCAGGGGGAGGAGCCUACAAAGGGGGCGGAGCCUGUGGGGGGCCCCCUGUCCACGGGACCUGGCUCCAGCAGCACACGGCUCCCCACCGCCGCCACACACACGGGCUACAGGGAAGCCCCGGACCCCCAGGUUCUUGCUGCAGACAGACACGGAGUCCGAAGCAAGCCUCAGGCCACCGUUUUUAAAGAAGGGAGCAUGCCGGGAAGCCUGCAGUGGGACCCCCCAGCCGCGCGCUCCCUGGCGCCCCCCGCUGGCCCGGCGGGGGAGCAGCUGGGCGCGCUGGAGCGGCUCCUGGCGGGGCAGCAGGCGGAGCUGAAGAGGCUGCUGGCGGGGACGCUGGGCGCGCUCUGCCAGAGGGUGGAGGCGGUGGAGCGGCGGCUGGAGCGGCUCUGCCAGCAGGGCACCGCCCACGCCAACGGCCUGAGCCUGCUGGGAGCGCAGCUGCAGGAGCUGCGCAGGAGCCUGCCCGCCCACCACCCAUCACCCGCACACGGCGGAGACGCGGGUACGCCUGAGGAUAAAGACAAGCUCUCGUCACCGAGGCUGCAUCCCUGUGGCAACGCGGUUGCUGUGGAAACUGGCCCGGGCGGAAGGGGCGCUGGAGUGUGCUCCUGGCAGACAGGCGCCUCGUCCCCGACCGGCCGCGGCGCGGCCCAGCAGAGCGGAGGCCCCGCCCCCCCGCAGAGGAAGGCCCCGCCCCCUGCCGUGUCGCAGGGCUGCCUGCCCGGGAACUACUCGCCCGUGUCGGACUUCGAGGACCUGGAGGUGGAGCUGGGAGACGAGGGGCGGGACGCGCUGGGCUGGCUGCUGAAUUCGGAGAUGGAGUCCACGGACCGGGACGACGAGGAGGGGCCGCCCGCCGUCCCGCCACCGCCGCCGCCCCCCCAGACUUGGGACGGCUUGGAGGGGAGACCUCCCGCGGCGCGCCCGCUCCCUCAACGUUUACAUUUCCCCUCUGACCUUCCGGUGCCUUCCGCGGCUGCCCUUCAGCCCCCCGGCCGCCUCCCCGUCUCUUUGCCCCCCACCGUCCCGGCCCAGACCAGGACUCCUGGGAUGGAGGUCCCGCUGGACGCCUUUCCGGAAGCCGCGGAGAAGCUUUCCCCGCUGCCGCGGUCUCUGAAGCACGGGGGCGCUGCACUUUUGGAAGGGAGGGCGGGGCGCUCGAGCUCGAGGCACGUGACCCUCUCUCUACCCCCAGGCCUGCGCGGGGAUCGGCCGACCCCCGAAUCCAGUACCUCCGACCACCAGGGUGCGCCCAAACCACCGGCCUGCCUCCCGCUCCCGAAGCAGCCCCCCAGGGACUGGCACUGCCAGAAGGCGUCCGAAAGGGUGGAGGGGAGGUGGAGAGAAAGAGCGGAUUCUCUGUCCAGCAGCGAGGAAGAGGAGGAUGCUGGGGAGGAGAAGAGGAGGAAGAAGAGGAAGAAGGGCCGAGGGGUCCGCUCCGGGCCCGGUUUCGGGGGCGGCCGGUCGCCCGGGUCGCCGCCCUACGUGGGUCUGCUGGCGGCCGCCGGCCGGUUUGCGGAGGACGGGCGCGGGUGCGGCGAGGGGCGGGUGCAGGGGAACAGAGGGGCGUCUUUCGGGAGACAGGAAAGGCAGGCCGGGGACUUCCUGGGCCCGAGGACUCUGGGAUCGGUCAGGCAGGGCGGCCAGUCCCUCUCCCCGUCCGGCCCCUACACCCAGCUGAAGUCCCUGGACUUCGGGACCUCGAGCCCUCCCCUGGGCCCUCUUCAGGAAAGCACUUUAUCGCCCCCUCUGGUGAGCGCGUGUGCGGAUGCCUGGACGGCGGGGAGGGGGCCGGACUGCCAGCUGAUGCCGUUUCACUCCUCGGGCCCGCCCCUGUGCUGGGCCUCGGCGGCGUCCCCGCCCCUUUUCAAACAGGCCACGCCCAGAAAUGGCUGCUCCGCCCCCGGGCAGGGCAAGCCCCUGCUGAUCCAGCUGUCGGAGACGGCCGGUCGUGUGUCCCCCCUCCCUGCCCCCCCCGACUCGACGUCGCCGCCCCCCUACGGCCUCUCCCUCGCGUUCAGCUCCAAGCUCCAACGCCACUGGGCCAGGCCCCUCCCCCCCCCGGGGUCCCCCUCUCGGAAGGACGGUGACGGUGAGCCUGAGGGGGGGUCGCCCCGUCUGUGGCUCCCCCUCCCGCCCCCGGAGCUUCGCACCGCCGCCCCGCUGCACCAGCUCCUGGGCUCCGCGCCCCCCGCCCUCCCCUGGGGCCUGUCCCAGCUGUUCCGCGCCACCACGCGGCCCGAACCGUUCCCCCUGUCCGUCCUCGCCCGGGGCGGCUUCUCCCCGGCGGGGCUCCACACCGUCCUGGCGCUCUCCUCGCCGGCCUUCUUCCGCCUCCUGGUCCGGCACACAUGCCGCCUCCCCCUCUAUCUCCCCAAGCUGUCCCGCUCCACUCUGGACCGCUUCCUGGGCCAGAUCCUCACUGCCCGGGACACGUACCCCCCUCUUCCGCCCCUCCCGGACCACACCGCCCCACCCGGCCUGGACAACGAUCACAGCUACGCGCGACGGUCCAGCCAGGAGUCCUCUACCAAGAGGAGGAGGUCUCCAACCAAAGCCGCUCCAGUCAGGGCUCUGGCCACAGUUCCCUCUCGCCCCCCCUCACGGCGUAUCUCCAAGGCCCGGCUCUCCGCGGACCGCGUACGGCACCAGGCUGCCCUGGACCCGCCCCAGCACCGCCACACCCCCAGCGAGCCGGCGCACAGCUUUGCGCUCACCAGCGCCAACGUCAAGUACCCGGGGCUGCACGGGCGCGGUGCCGCCAGAGAGGGGGGUCUGUAUGACAGUGGUGUGGGGGCUCAGCCGGGCCAGCGAUCCAAGAGGGUGUCCCAGAUCCGAAUCCGCAAGACUGUCCCCAAACCGGAUAAUAACCUCACGCCAAUGGGCCUGCCCAAACCGCAGAGGCUGAAAAAGAAGGAGUUCAGCUUGGAGGAGAUUUAUACAAACAAAAAUUAUCGCUCACCAACUCCCAACAGGAGCCUGGAGACGAUCUUCGAGGAGCCGAAGGAGAAGAACGGGGCGCUGGUGUGCAUCGGGCAGCAGAAGAGGAAGCGGGUGCUGGACUUCCCCGACUUCACACUGCCACGGAAACGGCGCGCCAGGGCCAGCCUGGGGGUCCUGCGGGGCCCCCGCGGGCGUGGCCGGAGGGGCCGGCCUGACGACGCCGAUCUGGACAUCAUGCUGAUCGAGCGGCUGAGCGAGCUGGAGGACUUCUUCUCCCGCCAGGGCCUGGAGGACUGAGCGACUCACCUGAGCGUACAGACUCACUCACACAUACACACACACACACGCACGCGCACAGACUCUCUCACACACACACACACACACACACACACACACACACACACACACACACAUACAUGUGCAUAUAUACAUACAUACAUACAUACACACAAACAUACAUGUACAUAUACUGUAAACUCACACACAAACAUACAUGUACUUAUAUACUCUCAUACAGACAUACGUGUACAUAUACACACUUACACGCACAAACUCAUCCAUGCCCAUGUACACUCAUUCACACACAAACACAUACAUGUACAUAUAUGUAUAUGGACAAGAUAAACACAUACUUGUCCAUAUACGCUCAUGCACAAGCACAUGUACAUGCACAUAUGUACACAGAGACACACAUAAAUACAUGUGCAUAUACAUACACACACACACAUUCACAUGUAAGCACAUGGACAUAUACACUCACACGUGAGCACAUGUACACGUACAUAUACAUACAUACAUUAAAGUGCUGCGCAUUCUCAGUUUUGCAUCAAUUUCAAAUUUUGAUUUACUUGCCACAUUUUGACAUGUGGGUGAAGAAGAAGAAAGUAUUUUAAAAUAUCUGAUUAUAUAAUUUAGGUAUGUGCAUUAGCAUGUAUGUGCAAGACAUUUGUAUACAGUAUGUUCAUGUGCUUUUUUUUAAACACUAAGAGAGACCUUGAUUAGGCAAUCAAGUAUUUCUUUUUUUUUUGUGACUGGUGACAUCACUGAACUGAUGCUCAUUUUUUAACCUUUUACUCACUGUGAUAAACGGAUGGCCCAAUCCAAAGCUUCCGGAGUUUCCAUGUGCCAGCGCAAGCUUCACCGAAUAUUAUGCUUGCGUUUCAUGGGAAAAAUAAAAAAUAAUGUUAGAACAGGUACAGAAUAGAUAAUUAUCAGUGAAACACCAAAUGUGUGAGAUUCACCGUGCCAUUUAUCAUUGAAAACUGAGAAUGCGGAACGUUCAACACUCAACACGCUACAUGUAACACGCAUACGUGCAUGCACACACACACAAGCAUGCGCACGUGUAGCACACUAAUGGACGCACGCACUUCCACGUAGACAUAAGCACAUCAGCCAUCAAAGUCACACACCUGAGCACUUUUCCUUCUCUUACCUCACCCUCCGUGCUGUCCUCGCCCUCCUAAGCCAUUUUAGAAUGGGACACUUUAAACCAAAUCCUCCUGAGCCCCCUGCCCUUCUCUGUCAGAAAUCUGUCGGAAUUCUGGUAAACUUUGCGGGAAGUUCUGCCGAUAUGAAAUUGACAGACAGGUGGAUCGACUACCUUAUCUUUGGCACAAAGGAGGGACCGACUUGCUUCCAAGCGACGCCUUUCCCCCCAACCCCUCCACCCGCCAAACAAAAAAUUUACAGCCUUUCUGGAACAUUCUAAUUCUCCCCCAGGGCUGUAGGGCUCAAAGUGGCCCGUGGGCUGUAGUGAAUAAUUCUGUGUGGAAUGUCUUUAGGACUGGUGCAGGGUAUUUUAGAAAGAGCGGACAGAAGAGUAUAUUUUGCAGUAUUUGGAGAAGAUAUUUCCUGCGUUAUUUUUUUUCCUGCUUGUUCCUUUUCUGCUGCUGCCUUUUCCCAGGCAGGUUCCCCACGUUCCGUGCGAGAACCCACCUAAGCGCCCACCCCAACCUGGACUUUUAAAAAUGAAGACCUCUUUAAAAUGCCAAGCUUCGUCGAUGAAGAGCUGAAUCCCCAAACCCAAAAGAUUCCCCCCUCUGGACCUUGUGAUGCAGCCCGACUACUCCAGUGGCAAUGCACAUGCAGUGUCUGUGCUUGUGUAUGAGCUUUGGGAAUGUGGGCUUCUUUCCUGUGGAUUGGGGAUUUUUUUGCAUUGUGGUGCUUUGUGGUGCACCCUGACCCCCCCCCCUACCCCCACCCCCCCCCCCUCGCUUUUGAAAAUGUGGAAUAAUAUGCAACGUGUUUAAUUUGUGAGUGUUUGAUGUGCGUUUCUCAGCUGGCGGUCCUAUAGCAGUUCCCUCAGUCUGCCAGCAGGGGUCACUCAUUCACCGUCCUCAGCUCAGUUUGUAAACUGAGGUCAGGUCUGGACCUUCCUGUCUCCGACUGCCUUUGGUUUCAUGUGGGGUAAAGCACAUCUGGCUUCGACACUAAGGGCGGUGGCUGUAGUGCUUUCACUGUACCUCACUAUAUCUGUACAGAGUUGAAUCGGUUUCUCUGAUUCAGAAUAUGCAGCACUGGGUUUGGUGUAGAUGCCAGUAGUGACACAGUCAGGCCAUGGUUGCAGGUUUAAUUCCCAGUUGGGUCCCUGCCAUUGUAGCCUUUGCCGGGCACGCACACUGCUUCUGUAAAAACCCAGCUUUACAAGUGGACAUUAUGUCUGAUCAGAGCUAUAUCGUGUGCCCUAGAUAAGGGUCUCUUGCUUCUCAAUUGAAACUAGUAUAACUCCCUGUGUACUUGACUUGACUCCGUCCACAUGAGGCUUAAGGCGGAAGUGCUGAAUAUGUGGCUGAAUUUGGAUAUCUUAGCUGUUGACCACCUUUAAGGGGGAGGGGCUUGAGAAAGAUUAUUAUGGGAUGAUUGAUGAGUGACCUGCUUACGGGGCAGGCGCUGCUGGCUGCAUGUCUCUGUCUAUGAUGCAUCUCCUAUACCAUACUGCUGCUACCCCCCAACCCUUUAUAUGUUAUAUUACUAAAUUAUGUGACUGAAUAUUGUGUUGAGCUUUUGCGAUGUUAGUUGUUUUGUUUUGUUUUUAUAUACAUAUAUAUAGAGGUUUACAGCAUCUGCAUAUGAAACGUCACUCCCCACUCAGUCUCAGUAUUGUAUUGAUCCAUCUCUCUUUAGUGGGCGUGUGCACAAUCUUGGCUAUGUGAUAAAUAACAAGGCGUGCCUGUAACUGCUGUUGACCUUUUAGGGUCAGUAGGGCGUGGCGGGCCGGAGAUUAACAUGACGUCGGUCUGAACAGGUGAGCCGCUGGUGCUGCAAAUCCGUCUCUUCCCCGAGUUCAUUUUACACGUAACCCCAGGAUUCGUUUAAGGUUGGCCACCAUGCUCUAGUAACCAACAACAACAACAACAACAACAAAAAGGCACCCUCUGGGUGUACGCUUUAAAGAUAAGUGAAAUGGGGAAUUCCACAGCCUGUCUGCUAUGCAGACUGCAUUCAGCGCAGACGGGGCUCAGGUCAGUGGUGUGAAACCUCAGGGCUUGGCAGCCCGGCCUGGACCCCGGGCACUGUUCCCUUUUGCUGCGCUAACCUUAGCUGCCAUUUUGUUUUGGCUACAGUUGAUUUGAACAGCGCUGUCGUGGAUCGCGAUCUUUAAGAUGCUGUACCCAUCCAGCUAUAUGCCAGCUGGUUGAUGCCACACCCUCACCACCACCCCCACUCCCACUCCCACUCCCCAAAGAGCCCCCCCCCCCCGGCCCAAUAUGUGGUUUUAACCAGAAGCAGAUGAGAUUGAAUGCUGGAGAAAGCGAUGAUGUUACAAGGUGUGUGAUGUGAAAUUUACUUCUUUUGUUUGUAUUUUCUUUAGUUUCUUUUUUUUAAAGUGUGUUGAGUAGAACCUGUUUGAUCUUGUAUGUUACAGCGGGUACUCUGUAGACGUGUGUAUAGACGUGACACGCUUGGGCUGCCCCACCCUCCCCAUGGUUUUGUGAGGACAUUUGUUUGUUUUGCUUUGACUGAUUUUUUUUUCCUUCAUUUUGUCCUCUGUUUGUGUUACAAAUGUUGGGCACUUUUUUCAGGUUUUGUUCCUUUUUAAGAAUCGACACACAGACCAACACUAAAGAUUAGUAUUGUUAAUCAUUGUGAUUUUAAUUUUAAUAUAUAUUUUAUGAAUAAAAUAGUGUUGACAUUUGCUUAAAAAAA